GCUGGUAUUUAGGGAGGCUCUGAAAUGAAGAGCAGCACAAGAUACCUGGGCUGCCUCUGAAGAAUUCAAGGAUAUCUUUUUCUAUACAAUCAUUGUGUGGUUUCUUCUGAAGAGUUUCAUAGAAAACACAUCAGGUUUUUAAUUGACCAGCAACAAAGAGAAGCACGCAGCAGUCGCCUUCCUCAUCCUUUGAGGAGAAAUGGUUGAACCUGUAGGCAACCACUAUGUUGUCGCCAGACGAGUGUACUCAGAGAAUUCAUUUGAUGAAGAGCAUGAGAAAUUGCACAGAUACCAUAAAAACUUCUGGGAUCACUUGAAACUAUAUUUUCGUUGUUCCCCACAAAGGAUCAAAAAAGUUGCCCUGCAUAUGUUUCCUGUGGUCUCGUGGCUGCCUGCAUACCGCUUCAGGGAGUGGAUCCUGAGUGACAUCGUCUCUGGCAUCAACACGGGGUUGGUGGCAGUGCUGCAAGGUCUCGCAUUUGCUUUGCUGGUGAAUGUCCCUCCUGGUUAUGGACUCUAUGCAGUGUUUUUCCCAAUCCUGGUCUAUUUUAUCUUUGGUACAUCCAGACAUAUCUCAGUGGGUCCCUUCCCCGUCCUGAGCCUGAUGGUGGGAGGCGUUGUCACCAGGCUGGUUCCUGAUGAUGCUGCUGGAAAUGGCACUGCCACCAACACGUCAGCUAUAGAUGAACAGAGAGUGAUGGUAGCUGCAUCUGUCACCUUUCUAUCCGGGAUUUUUCAGUUGCUCCUGGGACUUCUCCAGUUUGGAUUCAUAGUCAUUUACUUAUCGCACUCGUUAAUCAGUGGCUUCACAACUGCUGCAGCCAUCCAUGUUCUGGUGUCUCAGCUCAAGUUCAUGCUUCAGCUGCCUGUUCCUGGAUUUAAUAAACCAUUUGGCAUCAUCUAUACUUUGGAGAGUGUGUUCAGCCAGAUCACCGACACCAACAUCGCCGACCUCGUCACCUCCCUUCUCGUCUUGUUCAUCGUGUUCGUGGUGAAAGAGAUAAACGAUCGCUACAAAGCAAAGCUACCCGCCCCUAUCCCCAUCGAGCUCAUUGUGACCGUCUUAGCGGCACUGAUUUCCCAUUUUGCUAAAUUGGAAGAAAAAUUUAAAGUAGCUGUUGUGGGGAAACUAGAAGAAGGAUUCCAAGCUCCUGUUGCACCUGAUGCAGGCAUUAUUCAAAAGUGUGUUGGUGAUGGCAUCUCCAUUGCAAUUGUUGGAUUCGCAGUAGCCUUCUCUGUGGCUAAAGUGUAUUCCAUCAAACACGACUACCCAAUAGAUGGCAACCAGGAACUAAUUGCCUUUGGACUGGGUAAUAUAUUAGGCGGAUCGUUCAAAGGGUUUGCCUCCAGUACAGCUUUGUCAAGAUCAGGUGUGCAGGAGAGCACAGGAGGCAAAACGCAGAUUGCUGGUAUUAUCUCUGCUAUCAUCGUCCUGAUUGUCAUCUUGGCCAUUGGGUUUCUCCUGGCACCAUUACAGAAGUCAGUCCUUGCAUCCUUGGCUCUUGGCAACUUGAAGGGAAUGCUCAUGCAGUUCAGAGAAGUAGGCGUCCUGUGGAGGAAGGACAAAUACGACUGUGUGAUCUGGGUGGUGACCUUCUUGGCGGCUGUUUUCCUAGGCCUGGACAUCGGGCUGGCAACAGCUGUGGCAUUCGAACUGCUGACUGUAGUGAUACGCUCCCAGAUCCCGAGCUGCACCACUUUGGCAAAUGUUGGGAGGAGCAACAUCUACAGAAACAGGAAGGAUUACACUGAUAUCUAUGAGCCAGAGGGAGUGAAGAUCUUCAAAUGCUCAUCUCCUAUCUUCUUUGCUAAUAUCGAAUUCUUCAAAGAGAAACUCAUCUCUGCUGUUGGAUUCAACCCACUCAGAGUCCUGAGGAAACGCAACAAAGCUCUGAGAAAGAUCAGAAAGAUGCUGAAGAAAGGAGAGCUACAAGUGACGCCUAAAGGCUUGAUAUGCAUGGCUCACAAUACGCAAGAGUCGGAUGAUGAAUUAGACAACAAUAGGAUGGAGGAACUGGAUGAGCCCACUGACACGACAGACUUGCCCAUUCAGAUCAACUGGGAUGCCGAGCUGCCGCCAGGCAUCGUUGUGCCCCGGGUCGACAUCCACAGCAUCGUGCUGGACUUCUCAGCAGUGUCCUUCCUUGAUUUUUCUGCUAUGAGAGUCCUCCAAAAGACUUUGAAAGAGUUUGUCCGGAUCGAUAUCGACAUUUACAUUGCAGGAGCACAUGAGGGCUUCCUGGAGAAGCUGGAGAGAUGUGCCUUUUUUGAUGAGGAGAUCAAGCCAUCCAUGUUCUUCCUCACCAUUCAUGAUGCAGUUUUACACAUUUUGCUGAAGAAGGAUAUAGCCAGCUCCCCAAAAUUAAAGCUUGCUGAGAAGGGGAGCAGCAAUGACUAUGUCAUCACUACCAGCAAUGGACUGCGCAGUCGGGAGAGCACGAUUCCAGCGGAAACAAAAUUUUAGAUGUAAUUUUCUAAAUAUAAUAUCCUCCAGCAACACAACAUCACUUACAGAACGUGAACGCACACACAAUGAUGAGCGUGAAGACCAAGGGACAUUUUCAUUUACCUUAAGGAUUUACUACAGAUGAUUAUGUUCCAAAUUUUGGAAUGGUUUUGUUAGUGUCUCUGUAUAUAUAGAGAUGUAUUUAUGUACAUACACAAAGGCUAAAAUCACCUGUAUUUUCUAUUUCAUACCUUGCUGACAACCUAGCCACACAGUUACAGCAGCAAGUAGCAUUGGCCCUAUUUGCAUAUACUUGUAUAUAUACCCACGUUAUUCUGACAGUUUGUAGACAACCUGUACAGUUAUAGAAGAACAUAUGAAUAUCUGAGAUCCUUUAAUUUAUAGUCUACUAGUUGGGAGUCACAUAUUUUCAGCUUGUAUAUAAUUUGUAUAUAGUCUUCUCGAUGGUUUACACAAUACCUGCUCGAUUGAGUUGUUAAACUUAUUUUCAGCACACGACCAUACACAUAGUGUAUGUACACAGUGACUGCUGUAUCUACUGGGAAACAUGAAGAUAGCUCAGUAAAGACGUACAGCAAAUUCAGAUCCAAACACAACUUGUGUAUUUGCUUUGGGAUGCUAUGAACUUAACUUCACGUAUGGUAAUUCUCCAUUGCUGGCUGCAUUUUACAAUACCCCAGGAAGGCAACUCAUCAUCAGUCUGAUCUCUUGCUGUAACACAAAGUUUGAAGCCCAAAAUCUGGGCUUAUCUGAAGAAAUCUGCAAUGAAACUGGCUGGGAGGUAACAUUAAAGUGAGGCAGCUCCAAAUACAACUGGAAGAUAAUAUGAAAGUGAGGAGGCUUUGAAUACAGAAAGAGGGGACUGUGAAAAUUGAGGUCAGAAUAUCACUCAAUUUCCUUUCCAAUGCAGCCUUCAAAGAGACAGACUCCGUCAGAACAGGACUUGUCUUCUGACAGAAUGAGACAGUAACACACCUGAGCAGCAUGCUCAGAGGAAGCACUGUGUAAGUAAAUGUACCAUGUAAAGACGCCUUAGCAGUGGCUAAGAAUUGUCUGUAGCACUGCAGAGUAGAACACAUUGAAAGCACAACUUGUGUGACACCAACACUUCCUUUAGAAAUGUAGUCAAGACAAAAACAAACAUAGCUUUGCACAAUCCUGUGCAUACAGCAUUGGAACUUGGAGAAUCACAGACAGAAAGCUCAGACUCACUUUAUACUUUCAAUAUUAAAUGGCAAUUCCACUGUAGCCCCCAGUUUCUAAGGUACAGUAGGACUUUUCUAUGCAAAUAUGCACAUUUUUUUGGUCAGCAACAUCACAGUGCAUGACACAAGUUUAGCAGAGCAGGAAGCACUGUAAGGAGAGAGGUGUGUUCAGAUACGAUCCUGAGAAAAGGCAUUUCUGCAGUCUGGCUCCUGUGAGUGCCCGGCCUUCCUCAGCACAGAAGCCAUUAUGAAAUGAACACCAGUUACUUCCACUUCAUUUUUAAAUGAACUGAGUUCAAUGCUCCUUAGAGAGCAAUAAGUGAAAAGAAGGGGGGAACCCCAUACAGAAUGGAUACCUAACUCUCUUGGAUCGGAUCUAGAACAGGUAUCACGUUUCAUUUUCAUUUCUUAAAAGGAAAAACAUCAUGCAACACGUAGGCAUCAACCUUUAUGUUAACAGCAUUCUCAAAAAACCAAACCAAACCCUGAAGUACGUGGCCACAUAAUUGAGAGCAUUUGUAAAUUAUGCGUGGGUGCAGACAAUCCUUUCAGCAGAAUUAGAGACAACUGAAGAGAAAUUCUAAGGGAGCAAGCAUUUGGAACCACGGAUGGCUUCAGGCCGCCUCUGGUGUUCUUUACUUCAUCCCAUGGUGAACACAAACCAACAAACUCUCUUCAUUCCCUAUAAAGGCAUUAUCAAAGUGCCCUACAAUAGCUAACACGUUCUAGGCGCCAUUAGAGCUGCCUAAGAACAAAGAUCUGCUUGGUAACACCCUGGGAGCGAGACUGCUGCCGCUGAGAGAAAUACCAAGUACAAAACCACACAAUCCAAAUGUUUGCCUUUAAGGAAGGCCCCACUGGGAACCCAGAGGAUUUGAAGGUACAUCUCAGCACUUCUAAGGCUGUUAAUCAUACAAUGAAACACUGUGUACACAAUUUCUGAACUUGAAGAGGAAACUACCAGGUAUUUUGAAAAAGAAUUCCCCCCAAAAACCACACAGAAAGAUUGUUAAUGUAACAUUUCAACCCAUGUUGAAAUCUUUUGACUUUGUACA